UUGGACAUAAAACUUUAAAGUUAAACAACCACCCCCACCAUCCUCAAAUCCCCUCCUUCCUUCCUAUGGAAAAUCCAUCUAAUUGGAAGGCAGUACAUCAGUAACAGCACUGCACAACAAAUCAUAUCAAAAUAUUCAAAAUCAAAUCACACUUUUCAUUUGGAGUACUACUUUAUUCCAUUCCUAAGAUCCUUCAACUUCCCCUAUUCUUCUUAAAACCCUUUUUUUUAUAUUACCCAAACAAAAAUAAAAAUACCCACCACCAAAAAUUAUCAAUAAUCUGAUACAACCCACCAUUAUCUCUACCUCAACUUUCAGUUCACUAAUCAGUCAAACUUAAAGCUCUACCCAGUCAACACUACACUAGUGACUGUGAAGUAAAAAUGUCUUUUUUUAUGGGAUUGUUUAUGGGAAUUACAGUUGGUUUGUUGAUUAUCGUUGCUUUUGUUCGUUGUGAAAAUGCUAGAUCCAAAUCUCGUUCUCAACUUGCAGCGACAAUUGCGGCGUUUGCGAGAAUGACAGUGGAAGAUUCUAGAAAGUUGCUUCCUCCUCCUUAUUAUCCUUCGUGGGUUGUCUUCUCUAACCGUCAAAAGUUGAAUUGGCUUAAUUCCCAUCUCACCAAAAUUUGGCCUUAUGUUGACCAGGCAGCAUCAGAGCUAAUAAGGGAGUCAGUGGAGCCAAUACUAGAGCAAUAUAGACCAAUUAUAUUGUCUUCCUUAAAAUUUUCCAAGUUUACUCUUGGUACUGUUGCACCUCAAUUUACAGGGGUUUCAAUCCUUGAUGAUGAAGGUGAAGGUGUUACUAUGGAGUUAGAAAUGAACUGGGAUGGAAAUCCGAGCAUUAUUCUCGAUAUUAAGACUAGGCUUGGUUUAUCUCUACCUGUGCAGGUAAAGGAUAUUGGAUUCACAGGAAUAUUCAGGCUGAUCUUUAAGCCCUUAGUUACCGAGUUUCCAGGCUUCGGAGCUGUCAGCUUCUCAUUAAGGAAAAAGAAAAAGUUGGACUUGACUCUUAAGGUUAUUGGUGGAGACAUAAGUACUAUUCCUGGGCUGUCCGAUGCUAUUGAGAGCACAAUAAGGGAUGCAAUCGAGGAUUCUAUCAUGUGGCCGGUUCGAAAAAUUAUCCCUAUUUUGCCUGGGGACUAUAGCGACUUAGAACUAAAGCCUGUUGGGAUGCUAGAGGUGAAGCUUGUGCAAGCUAAAGAGUUGACAAAUAAAGAUUUGAUCGGAAAAUCAGAUCCCUUUGCCAUAUUAUAUGUACGACCCACACGUGACAGGACAAAAACCAGCAAGACAAUUGAUAACCAGUUGAAUCCAAUCUGGAACGAACACUUCGAAUUCAUAGUUGAAGAUAAAUCUACACAACACUUGGUGGUUAAAAUUUAUGAUGAUGAAGGUCUUCAGGCCGCGGAAUUCAUAGGCUGUGCUCAGUUCCAGCUAAAAGAUCUUGAACCUGGUAAAGUGAAGGAUGUGUGGCUCAAACUAGUGAAAGAUUUGGAGGUCCAAAGAGAUGCUAAAAACAGGGGACAGGUACACUUGGAGCUUCUGUACUGUCCUUUUGGUGCAGGAAAUGGUGUUACAAAUCCUUUUGAUUCUUCUAUGACUUCUUUGGAGAAGGUUCUUAAAACUGGAGAAGAUGCGAAUCACGAAGCUGAAAAUGGUGCAAGUCUUGCUCCCAAGAGGAAGGAGGUUAUCGUCAGAGGAGUGCUGUCUGUAACUGUGAUAUCCGGUGAUAACUUGCCCGCAACAGAUUUUUCUGGCAAAUCGGACCCUUAUGUGAUACUCACUAUGAAAAAAUCUCAAAUAAAAAACAAAACUAGGGUUGUGAAUGAAAGCUUAAAUCCAGUUUGGAACCAAACAUUCGACAUCCUUGUUGAAGAUGGGCUUCAUGACAUGUUAAUGCUGGAAGUAUGGGAUCAUGAUACAUUUGGGAAGGACUAUAUGGGAAGAUGCAUCUUGACAUUGACGAGGGUGAUACUAGAAGGCGAAUAUAGUGAUAGUAUUCCAUUAGAUGGAGCUAAGACGGGUACCAUCAAUCUGAGUCUCAAGUGGUCGCCGCAACAUGUGUACCGCGAUUAGCAAAACUUCAGAGUAAAUUCUGUUGUACAUUAUACAAAAGGGAUCAACCUGGGAGCUGUAAAGCAUGUUUACAUAUAUCAUUCAAAUUUUGUUAUGUUGUUCUUGCAGUUGCUUUAAUGCUGUAAAGAAGCAACACAUUUGAUGUAAAUUGUUGAAACUUGAAAAAAGAAUGUGGCAGUUUUGCUCUUUCUGUUCUUUGUCUUUAUCUUUAUCUUUGUCCUUCCCUUCUUUUGGGAGUACAAUACAAGGUGUGUACAUUUACUGGUGAGUAAAAUUCUCUUUAUAGUACUAAGUUUAUGUUUGUA